AUGUGCACUGAGCACACGACCGGUAACUGCCCAGCCUGCGGGAAGGAUUACCUGGUCUUCGUCGAGUUUUGCAAAGACUACCACCCACCGUUGGUGACUUGUCCCAACGGCACCACCAUCGUUCGUGUUGAAAUGGAAGAGGGCGGCUGUCCGAGUCCUGUCUGCCCCAACAGUCGGAACGGAGGUUGUGCCGUCAUGUAG